AAAUCAGUUGUGCAGCUCCUUGAAGAAAAGAGGAACAGCCAAAGUGACAGAAUCUCAAAACGAUGUUUCUGCUGUAUUUCCCCUUGCUUGCUGCAUUUUUCUGUGAAUGUGCUGCACAGAGAAACUGGUUUGCAAUAGAAGGCGAGGCUUUUGUUAUGGAGUGUCAACUCUCUUCUAUGACCUGGUAUCUUGGUGACACAAGCAUCUCUACAGACAAAGAAGCACGGAUGCAUUCUUCGGGACGCGAACUUUGGUUUCUGCCAGCUUUCACUAAGGACUCUGGAAAUUAUACGUGUGUUGACUCUGAGGAUGCUUUCACUGAGGUUGAUACUGUAACUAUAUAUCCACGAAGAGAAAGCAUUUGUUACCACGAGAAUAUGUUAUAUAGUGAAACUGUGGGAAGUCCUGGAUCAGGAAAAAUUUAUUGCCCGACUUUUGAUUACUAUAGGAACGCAUCUGCCCCCAAGUGGUACAAGGACUGUAAGGAACUCUAUGGAUCAAGAUACAGGACAGAGAAGAAGAUGCUUCUCAUUCAUGAUGCAAAUGUAAAGGACAUUGGAAAAUAUACUUGCCAGUUUACAUAUAGACAUGGUAACAGAACAUUUAAUGUAUCUGCAACAAGGGGUUUUAGAAUUGAUGAACUUUCUUUACGGAGACCAUUAACAGUUCAGUAUCCACAACCCAACGAGGUUAUAGAAGUCAAAAUUGGUUUUCCUAAGAACCUUUCCUGUAAGGCAAUUCUGGGUGAAGGAGCUGAUACAGUGGCCACCAGCUACUGGGAAAAUAAUGUUGGAAAAGAUCCCAAGCGUUUUGUUCGUUCCAGUCAUACGUGGAUGGAAGCUCUCAAAAAGCAGGUUACGGAGGCCAUAUUACAAAUCAAAGAAGUGCGGAAAGAGGACCUUGGUUUAAAUUUCACGUGCUACAUGGCCAAUGAUAUGGGAUACAAAAGAGUCAAUGUUACUUUGUGCGAAAGCCCAUCUACAGGUGAACUAUAAAUCCCAGCAACUACAACUCCCAAAUGACAAAAAUCAAUCAUCUCCACAAACCCACCAGUAUUCAAAUUUGGUUGUAUUAUUGGGUAUUUGUGCCCAAUUUGGUCCAGUGAAUGCAAAUACAUCCAUGAACAUUUUCAAUAUAUGCAAUAAAGAUAUCUCCAAAUUUAUAUGGCAAGGGAAGAAACCAAGAAUAAAGCGACUUAUCCUAAUUGAUGAAAAAGAGAGAGGUGGAUUUGGCCUUCCGAAUCUGAGAACAUACUAUGAAGCUUGCGGACUCAGUUGGAUAAAGGACUGGACUACUUUUUAAAAAAGGAAUAUGUUGACACUGGAGUGUGCUGAUUCAAGACGGGGUUGGCAUGCCUAUUUGUGGUAUGACAAAAUUAAGAUAGAAAAAAAUUUCAAUAACCAUUAUGUAAGAGCGAGAUUAAUCAAAAUAUGGGAAAGGUACAAAAAAAAAAAGACUAUACAACAGCACACCACUCUGGCUGUCACCCCUUGAAGCAUUCCACAGGAGAGAAUUAGGCUGGGAGACAUGGCCUACAUACAGAGAUGUUUUAAGGAAAGUGAGAGCAAAAUUUGAACUAAAAGAAGAAAAAGAAGUAAAAGAAAAUUUUACCAACUUAUUAUGGUUAAAUUAUAGACAAAUACUAGACUACUAUAAAACCGAUAAGGAACUAAACUUUGUAGACAGAGAUGGCUUCUGGGACAUUAUUAUGAAGACCAACAACAAAACAAUCACAAAAAUCUACAAAAAAUUAUUAGAAUGGGCAACAGAAACAUAACAGAUAAAAGAAUCCAUGAUUAAAUGGGCACAAAAUAUAGUUCAUCAAAUCCACUUAGAUCAAUGGGAGAAGAUUUGGAACCAAAAAAUGAAAUAUACCUACUCCUAUAACCUGAAAGAAAAUCUGUUAAAAAUGAUACAUAGAUGGUACAUUACACCGCAAAAGAUCUUGAAAUUCUACAAAAAUACUUCCAAUAAAUGUUGGAAAUGUGAGCUACAAAUAGGAUCCUUCUUUCACAUUUGGUGGUCGUGCCCACAUCGACAUACAAAAGAUCCUUGAAAUACGAUUGAAAAAGGAACCAGAGUUCUUUUUGCUGGGAAUGUUUGAUGUUGAAGGAGAUAAAAACAAAGACAUUAUUUUCAAUUAUUUAACCACCACAGCCAGAAUUGUAUAUGCUAAGAAAUGGAGACAAAAAGAAAUACCACAAAGAGAAAAAUGGCAAAGUAAAAUACUGGAAAUAAUGAAUAUGGAUGAAUUAACAUACUGGUUAUUGCCGA